AUGACCCCACCUCCAUCUACCUCCCGACCUCCGAAAAACCCUCCGAGUUCUCCAUGUGAAGCCUCAGGUAUAGAAUGUACCUUCAAUCGUUCACAAGGGACGAGAGGGCCUAGAGGAUUGAGGCCAAGAACGCUGGAUAAGAUUGAGCGAAGACGCCAAGGUGAUGGAGUAAAGAGCGAUACCUCAAGCCCAGAUCAAGCUAUUGCCAAGAAAUCACCGUCACCUGUUGACGAAGUAACUUGUUUACUUGACAUUCUAGAGGUUUAUUCUGAAAGACUGUACCCUAUCUGGCCCAUCGUCGAUGCAACCGACCUAAGGAACAAAAUUCGACAGAAUCCCAGUGAAGGCGGUGCAGCAAGAUGUCUUGCUAAUGCUGUGGCUCUUGCUGCUAUUGCUCAAUUGAAACUGGGCACUGCAUGGCGCCCCAGUGUGGAGGAAGCGGAAACAAGUGGGCUGAGUGAGAAGCUGGGUCUAUUAGAUGCUCUAAGGAUCUCCUUCUUCUUACAUAUUUAUCAUGAGAAUGCUUUGCCCGGAGGCACAAAGUCGCUUGUGUACUUGCGUGAAGCUAUUACGCAGGCACAAAUAUUGAGGCUUGAUCGUGAGUCUACAUAUCCUUCGCUAUCAGAAGCCGAUCAACAUGUUUCGCGACGGAUUCUCUGGUUACUGUUUGUCACUGAGAGAGGUGUUGCCCUGCUGCACAAGCUUCCCAUAGUACUCAAACCAAACAUCCUCUUCCCUUGGUUCGGAGGAGCUGAUGACCGUGCUGAGGUUCUACCAGCAUUUCUGAAGUUGGUUCAUCUGUUCUGGGUCUUUGAUCAGUCCAACAUCUUCGAGAUACUUCACAACAUCGACGCGGACUCAGACAUACCCAACAUGGCCUCCGUGGCUCAAAGUUGCCUGGAGCUUCUUCAGCAAAAGCUUCUCGACUCAGCUGACAAUGACGAUUGGGGCCCGAUAAAUGAAGUCCAGCGAGCAGACAUGUUUGUUACAAGACAGUGGAUGCGUGCUGUUUUAUGGCGAGCGGCUCUUCGAUUUGGGAUUGUCAUACCCUCCAUGAACCCGAUCAACAUCGCCAAGGACUUCCUGAGUCUGGUUUCUGAGCUUCCAAAGGCUGCGCUUGAGUCUCAUGGGCCGACGCUGGAAUUCAAGACAUUCGAGAUUGCUACAGCAGUGAUCGAUGCAAUUGCGAGCGAUCACUCAAUACAGAACGACCAAUCUGGCCCAAUACUCCAUCAACUACGCGACAUACUUUCGUCCUGUCGAGGAGGCAAUCGUACUUUACUCUCACUUCUCACAAUACGAAUGGAUGCAAUCUUCAAUUCAGGCCGCAUGCUUGAAGCAUCAGAAGGCGAUGCAGUGGCCUUUGAGACAAACCUCCCGUCAACCUUUCAAGAUACUGCCGAGCUUUUGACGGCACAACCGAACCUCACGAUGCCGACAUACCAAUUCAUGGAAGGCCAGGCUUCUCAAAUUUGCUGGCCACCUCUAGACCUCGGCUAUUUGGUUCGAUCGCCGUCGCCGCUUACUCGCAUGCUACUGGAGUCGAUGCCCCGCGAUGUUGCUGAGCAAGAUGAGAAACAUUCACAUUGCAAAGAAUUCCUUCACAAAGGCCUCAUAAACGUUACAAUGGCUUGGGCUGAACCUAGAAACACUGGUAUGAUCUACCGCCGUCUCGGUAGAUCUGGUUUACAUGUCUCUGCGAUUGGUCUCGGUAGCUGGAUGACCUAUGGAGGUUACGCUCAAGAUGAGGAGGCAUUUGCUUGCAUGAAGAAGGCUUACGACCUCGGAAUCAACUUUUUCGACACCGCUGAGAACUACACUGCUGGCCAGGCUGAGAUUGUUAUGGGAAAGGCUAUUAAGCACUUUGGGUGGAAGCGAAGCGAUUUGGUCAUUAGCACAAAGAUCAACUGGGGCGCUGUCAAUGGAGAGAUUCUUGUCAACAACCAUGGUCUCUCAAGAAAGCACAUUAUUGAGGGCCUGGACGCCUCAUUGGAGCGUCUUCAACUCGACUACGUGGACAUUGUCUACGCUCACAGGCCAGACAGAUUGACUCCUAUGGAGGAGACUGUCCGAGCUUUCAACUACCUGAUUGACAAUGGAAAGGCUUUCUACUGGGGUACAUCAGAGUGGUCCGCCGAUGAGAUUGCCGAAGCUGUCGGAAUCGCUCGUGAUCUAAGAAUGAUUGGACCUAUCGCCGAGCAACCCUUUUAUAACAUCCUCGUCAGAGACAGAGUGGAAGGCCAAUUCCAACGCCUAUACGAGCGCACUGGUCUCGGUAUCACUUCAUUCUCCCCUCUAAAAAUGGGCGUCCUCAGUGGAAAGUACAACGACAUAGUUGACGGCAAGCCCCCCAAGGACUCCCGUUUUGAGGCCAGCAAGGACAACUUUGCCGACUUCAUGCGUGGUCGCAUUGGCACUGAUGACUGGAAGGAGGAGAUCGACAAGGUUCGCCAGUUGAAGCCCAUUGCUGAUAAGUUGGGCAUCAGCCAGGCUCAACUUGGUAUUGCGUGGUGUCUUAAGAAUCCUAAUGUUACCAGUGUUAUUACUGGUGCCAGCAGGCCUGAGCAGUUGGAUGAUACUGUUGCUUCGCUGAAGAUUCUUGAUAAGUUGACGCCACAGAUUAUGGAGGAGAUUGACGCUAUUACGAAGAACAAGGUUGAGAUGGACCCUGCUAGACAGAGCUAG